AUGUAUAUCUACCGCGCAAUCAUCGACGAUGUCAUUGCCAGUGUCGCGGUCGACUUCGAAGAGUACGGCAUGGACGAUGACCUCCUGCCCAUGCUCCAGAGCAAAUGGGAGUCCAAGCUGCUAGAGACCCGUGUUGCCGAGUUUGCGCGCGCGCCGGGUGCCGAGGACCCGCCAGCGAGCCACCAGCGCGAGGCCCCCGCCGCUUCCACCAGUGCACCCCCUGCCAACGGCUCGCUCGCAACUGGCGCGCCAAACGUCCUCAUGCCCCAGCCGGCAGGCACCCCUGGCCUCGGCGACGUCCAGGUCAAGAGCGAGCCUGACGAUGUGCUGCGCCUCCGUGGUGGUUCGUCAAACGACAAGCCCUCCCCUCCUAUUGCCGAGUACAGCGCCGCGUCGCGUCCUGAGCCGAAUGCUGCUGGCCUCCUUCCCGGCGACGAAGUCAUCGACUCGGACCUUGACGACAGCGACGACGAGCUGGGCAAUGACGACGACGGCGAGGACGGUGAAGGCGAGGUCGACAUUGUGUUCUGUGUGUAUGACAAGGUCGCGCGUGUCAAGAACAAGUGGAAGACUGUCUUCAAGGACGGCAUGAUCCACAUUAAUGGAAAGGACUACCUGUUCACCAAGUGCCAGGGCGAGUUCGAGUGGUAA